CCAUUCGACGUCCGUUCUUGUAAGACGUCCAUUCAUUUUUUGUAGAUUAUAGCUUUAAUUAUCAACACUUUUGCUGUUAUUUGUUCACUAACCCAGGAUGAUUGAACCUAAGAAGAGAGUGGCGGACAUGGCGGUGGUUCCUACCGCCAUGAAGCGGCCCCGGACGGAGCUGGUGGCGGCGGCGCAGUCGCAGCAACUCGUGGCCGUGGGUCCCCCACGCAGCUCCAGCCUUCAGGCUCCCAUUAUGCUGAUGUCUGGCCACGAGGGCGAGGUCUACUGCUGCAAGUUUCACCCCAACGGAGCCACGCUGGCCUCCUCAGGAUUUGACAGGCUCAUAUUGAUGUGGAAUGUGUAUGGAGACUGUGAUAAUUAUGCCACUCUGAAGGGCCACAGUGGAGCAGUGAUGGAGCUGCACUACAACACAGAUGGCAGCUUGCUGUUUUCGGCAAGCACAGACAAGACCGUGGGUGUGUGGGACAGUGAAACAGGCGAGAGGAUCAAGCGUCUGAAGGGCCACACCUCCUUCGUUAACACCUGCUACCCGGCCCGCCGAGGGCCUCAGCUCAUCUGCACUGGCAGCGAUGAUGGGACAGUUAAGCUGUGGGACAUUCGUAAGAAAGGGGCGAUCCACACAUUCCAGAACACCUACCAGGUGCUGGCCGUGACAUUCAAUGACACCAGUGACCAGAUCCUGUCAGGAGGCAUUGACAAUGACAUCAAGGUGUGGGACCUGAGGCAGAACAAGCUCAUCUACAACAUGCACGGCCAUGGUGACUCAGUAACUGGACUCAGCCUGAGCUCGGAGGGAUCAUACCUUCUCUCAAACUCCAUGGACAACACAGUGCGUAUUUGGGAUGUUCGACCAUUCGCACCCAAGGAGAGGUGUGUGAAGAUUUUCCAGGGCAACGUUCACAACUUUGAAAAGAACUUGCUGAGGUGCUCCUGGUCUACUGACGGCAGUAAGAUAGCUGCAGGCUCAGCUGACAGAUUUGUGUAUAUCUGGGACACCACAUCACGUAGGAUCCUGUACAAGCUACCAGGCCAUGCCGGCUCUGUCAACGAAGUGGCCUUCCACCCGGAGGAGCCUAUAGUGCUGUCUGGCUCCAGUGAUAAACGACUCUACAUGGGAGAAAUUCAGUAGCAUGUAUGCGUGUGUGUGUGUGUGUGUGUGUGUGUGCGUACACGCGCGCAUGUGUAAACUUGGAUGUGUGUGUGAGUGUGUGUGUCCUGCAAGCAAGGGUCCUGCUUCAGAAGUGUAUGGGUGGUGUUCGACAGCGGGUUAGUCUCUGUAAUUUCAUGUGCUACAGCUUGUCACAGAACAACCUCAGGACAUGUGUUUGAAGUUUAUAACGCUCAGUCACAACAGCUUCCACAAUGACUUGUUUUUUUUAUUCUGAUUUCUUUCUUUUUAAUAAACUUCUGUAUUCU